UGAGCUAAGAGGAAGCCAAUUACUAUAGGUGGAAAUUCGCUGUCAUUGAAACUGGUUUCUGCUCAGUCUGUGACCUGUGAGGGUAAGAGGGAGAGAUGCUGCCUCGGCCUGAGCCCUGCUCCACGGGUAGCUUCUCCCCCGAUGGGAGCUCAUGCAGGGAAUGGCUGUCCUGAUGUCACUUGUGAGGGAUGCCCUGGGAUGGGGCAGGCUGGUCUCAGCCUGGCAGAAAGUAUUUUUUGCUGAAUACAUCUGGGUUAUUGAGGUGGUCUUGUCAAGCCUGGACUGGGGAUUGGAGUUUGGACAUAGAAGCUGCUGUUCCCAAACUAUUCCUCAGCCUAUGGAAAGACCACUUCAAGCUUUACAUUGUCAGGCUGGUCCAGUUACAUUAGGGCUGCCUGUGACUGCAGUUAUCUUGGUCUAAACAUACAGUCCUACCAGCCAGCUGUAUGAACUUCAGUCUGAAGGUGUUUGCAUUCACCAGUCUAGAGACUGGGAUCUCCGGGUAACAUGGAACUCAAGAACAGAUACUGGAGUAAGAAGAGGCGUAAGGCACUAGAAGAAUUAUAGGCAGCAGCUUCAUCUCUGUUGUGGCCUCACCAAGCUUGGAUAUUUUUAAAGCUCAGCUGCAAGGUCCCAGUAACCUCACUUCUGAUGCUGGCUCUGCUCUGAGCAAAAGGUUUGAUGAGGGGACCCCAGAUGUCCCCUCCUCUGAGGUUUCUCCUCUUAUUCUAAAUGAAUCUAAGAUGUAGAUAACGUGUUAUCAGCACCUUAUCCCUUAUAUGUAACAAGCAAAAACCUCUCUGGAUUUCCAGCGGUUCUGUGUCUCCUCACCCACAGGUCAUGUCCCAGCAGCAGCUGCCUGAGAUGUUGGUGUGAUGCUCGCCGGGGCUGGCCACAGUGGGAGCCGUGCUCGUCAGCAGGGCUAUGGGGAAACUCCAGAGUAAAAUCAGCUUCCACACCUCCAAAUACAGGGCUGAUGACCCCGUGGAAGAGACAGGACCCGUUCGAGCCGUUCAGCAGCACAGCCCCGUGCAUGCCAACGCUGUCACUUGUGUGGCUGCUCUCAAACCAGACCUCUGCGUGUCAGGAGGAAGGGAUAAGGUCACCUGUGCCCUUGACUCAAACAGAAUCUUCAGCGCAUCCCGGGACAAGAUGGUGAUGAUGUGGGAGCUUCAUGGGACUCCAGGGCCAAGCCAGCACUUCCCAGGACAUGACCUGGUUGUUACUGGUCUGGCUGUGAGCCCAGAUGGCUCCCAGCUGUGCACAGGUUCACGAGACAACACCGUGUGCAAGUGGGACACAGAGACUGGAGAGUGUCUGGGCAGAGCCACAAUCUCCAGGAAUCUGGUCACACAUCUGUGCUGGGUUCCUGGGGAGCCGUACAUCAUCCAGACCUCAGAGGAUAAAACAGUCAGGGUCUGGGACAGCCGAGGGCUGCAGGUGGCACACACCUUUCCAGCCAAGCAGCACAUUCAGACGUGCUGUGACGUGAGCCAGGACGGGCGGUACUGCCUCAGCACCAGCAGCGGUUCUGCUGGGGAGGGCGGCGAGGCCACCCUGUGGGACCUACGGCAGACGAGGAGCCGAGUGUGUGAGUAUAAAGGGCAUUUCCAGACCACGACCUCAUGUGUCUUCCUUCCAUGGGGCCCAGCUCUCGCCCCCAGCAUUGCCACAUCCUCGUACGACAGCACAGUGAAGGUCUGGGACCGAGACACUGGAGCCUGCCUGGCCACCUUGUGCCUCGAGGGGUCAGGACCACUGGCCUCGCUGGCUGUCUGCGACAGCUCCACGCUGCUCUGUGCCAGUUUUAACUCAGGAAUUCACGUACUCCAGAUGAGUGAUGGCGCGGGCCUGGUGCUGGAGGAGGUGGCAGUGUUUUGACCACAGCAACGUUUCCAGCAGAGGCUGUGCUGCGAGGGAACACAACUCCCUGAGAGCGUCCCCCUGACCACAAGCACUGGGGGAGUUGGU